UUUCAGUUUCAUUUCCAGACAAGGGCCACCCAGAGAGCUUAUAAGUCCAACUCUCAAACAACAAAUCAGUUGAAGAGCAUUCCAGUGCAUUCAGCUAAAGAUGGAUACAUGUACAAUACUUGCAAUUGUGGGUACAGGUGCAGGAGCAGUUACAGCAGUUGCUGCAGCUCCUCUUGUUUUAGGGGCUGCUGGUUUCACUGCAGGAGGAGUUGCUGCGGGUUCUUAUGCCGCCUCUUUGAUGUCAGCUGUAGCUGCUGCUAAUGGUGGAGGGGUUGCAGCUGGAUCUGCAGUAGCUGUUCUGCAGGCCGCAGGUGCUGCUGGAAUACCUGCCGCAGCAAAUGCUAUUAUAGGGACUCUAGGGGGCGCUGCAGGUGCAGCUUUGAGUUCAUACUAUUGCAGUUAAUGAGUCAUAGGUGCUGCUGAAAUCUCUGUCAUAUGAAGUCAUCAUAUGCUAUGGAGGUUGCUGUGGGGACAAUUGCAGAUAUUGUCGGCAAUUGGACUUUCCUAUCUUUCCUGCAAUGCCUGUUUAUGUAAUAAUACACAUAAAGCUUUUCGUGAUCUCACUAUUACUGUAUUUCUACAUUUCUGGACAAUAAUAUUAGAAUAGGUAUAUGACCAUUAUAAUGAUUAAUAAUACAUUGUAUUAUAAAUUAUUAAUGGCAUUCAUGUUCUGUAUUUUCUAUUUCGAUCAUUUGUUCUAACCCAUUACUAAGCAAUCAGCCUCCAAAUAUAUUAAAUGACAGCAGACAACUUUUAGCUGCAGCCAUGUUAGAGUCAAAACAAGGAAUCGGAUAUGAAUGCAGUUUUUAA